GUCUCUAUAUAAGGACCACCGCUUCUCUAUUCUGUGUAUGACGAGCCAUCAGCGGUCAAGCAUCAUGAAACUCCAGGUUCUACUUCUGGUCGUCUUGAUCAUCCCUGCUGCUGUGUCCUAUGACAUUGAUGAUGUCGACAUUGACGAUGACUCAGAAGAGCCCAACGUGAGAGACAAACGCUUCAUCUGGAAAUUCGUCGCAAACUGCCCUCAACAAACUGACUUCUCACAGCCAUUCAUGUUGUCCAGCAACGCCACUGGAUACCCUGCGGAAGCUAUCAACAACGAAACCGAAAGCUGCGAACCUAACUGGAUGCCUGAAUGUAUUCCAACACUUCAUCAACUGACCCUAAAAUUCCAGAGGAUCCUAU